AUGCGUCCUCCGGUCGCUCGUGUCUUCAAGUCACCAAACGCAGCGCGCCGUCGUCGAGCCGUCUUUGGUAACUCUGGUGGGUGCAUCUUGCAACACUUGUCACUUGCGCUGGGAAUAGAUGCCGCGCCAACCGAAGGUCUCUCGGUUUCCCUUUCUGUGGUUGUGAAGGAACAUCUCCCGCCUUUUCUUGCCCUGGCGUUUUUGAGCCAAUGCUGGGUAUCGUGGACGGUAUCAAUUUGCUGUGCCUCAGAGAUGCAAAAUUCACGUAUCGGUGCAGACGAUGCUGAAGCUUUAGGAGCACUACUCAAGGCAUCGGAAGAAAGUCUGCGGUCGUACGUUCAGCAGGAAUGCAGCAGAGAGCGGAACCCGCGCGUGCAUGCCCCACGGCGCCAAGCAGGCUCUACUGCUGGCUCAGUCUCAACGCAUCAACUCGGUUACCAUCACAUCGUUGAGCACAUGCUGCAGACUUGUGGAGGUCACUUGACCCUGCGAACACUCAUUCUGUUGCUGCGGUACGCUGUUACAGUGGAAGAAUCAGAAGGCGCAGUUUUAGAAGAGCUUGUGGGUCUGUUGUCCUCCCUAACUGGAAGCGAUCAUGUGAUAUAUAAGAAGAGUUUGCAGGCUGUCCUGGCGGCAUCACUUCCUGUUCACGUCGCCCCGGUGGUAUUGUCUGUUUUGCGUCGUCACAACAUCAAUGCGGAUAUUGUCAAGUUGUGUCUCCACCAUGUGGCUGUUGUUGUUCGAGGUCGUCAUACUGGUGCUCUCUCCGUUGAAACUGUCAUGGGUGGGUUUCAUGAAUGCGCAGUGAAAGCGUUUAGCUGGUUGCUUCGUAACAUGAUUCGAGACCAAUAUCAAGUUGGUAUUUGCAUUCAAGUCAUGUCGUGUUUAAAGCAUGCACCAGUUUUUCUCCUUUGUGAUGUAUAUCGUGUGAUGGAAGACCAUCAAUUGGUGACACCCUCUGUUCAAUGCAAAUUCCUUGCGAAUUGUGGUAUCGCCAUAUCGACCAGCAACACUGUUUCUCAUGAAUGUGCCGAAGUUAUUGUUCGUGCGUUUCGCAGUCUGUCCAGAAGUGGUCGAGACACAAAUGACAUUGAAGAGGGCCUUGUUCACGGUAGCGCCGCUCUCCUUGUCCUCCGUCGCGAGGACCUCGUCCGAGAUGUUUACGCGGCAUGUCCGAUGCUGCGGGAGACUCCACACUCUGUGAUGGCGUAUGUGCGCAAUGGAGAUGUUGUGCGGGCCAAUCAAGCUCUGUUGCGGUUAGCUCAGUCGCGCGACGAGGGAUGGAUUAAUGUCCCUCUGCCGGUGAUGCAAGCAAUUCACGAGGUGUGUGUGAUGGUGGGUUGUUCUGGCGGACCUAACGACAUGGCCCCACUCUACCGCGCCCUCGUCUCUUUUCAUAAUCCUGGUAUGAUUGUCAGCCAGUGCAUUGAGUAUGUGCUUGCGGGUAUCUGUGAUCGACUGUGUGGCGUGGGGAAGCAGUUUCCAAAGAGUGCACCGCCCCGCGCGGUGCUUGACCACGUUCUUCCGCUUUUUCGUGCUGUUUUGUCGUGUAUUGGUGACGAUAUCAAUGUUGACAUGAUACUGCAAAUACUGGAAACAGCAGUUACUGUGAAGCACUUUGGUGUGCCGCUGGCAUCGUCGAUUGUGUGGGCCUUGCAGCACUCCUCGAGCUUGGCGCUGAAAGAAUUGUUCUCUCGCGUAGACCCAUCAACAAAUGGGACGCCGUUUUUGAGUUACUAUGUUCUCUGUUUUACCAGGGAUAGGGGCCAGCGAGAUACGGUGGAGCAUUUGGCGACAGUGUGGCACUGUGAAUCGGAUCCAAUACUGAAGCGGCACCCCUCACUUGCCCCAUUGUACAAACUGUGGAAAUGCGCUGCAUGUGGCCGACUGAACAGUGAUCGAUUUAACUACUGUCUUUGCUCUGCUCUUCGCAACAGCUUUGUGAUUUGUGCUCGUUGCGGCUACGCACAAGAUGAGCGGUGGUCUUCCUGUCAGUCUUGUGGAGAACGCAUGAAUGACAACUCUAUUGCUGCAGCUGUUGUGCGGCGUUCCUGGACAUGCGAUGACUGCGGUGCGAGUAACCCCGCCCGUCAGGUCACAUGUUGUUUUCGUUGCAAGUCACCGUGUGGGCCAGGGGCAAAGGCUUUGACGCAACUGGAGGGCUUGAAAUCGGAAGUUUGUCAAUGCUCUUAUACUGAGAAGCCAAAUGAGGACAAGGGGAAGACGAGAAUGGCACAUUAUUGUCGAGAAUGUGGUUGGUUUCGGGAAACAUGGGCUGCCAAAAACUCCGUUGUGUGGUGCUGCGAAGGAUGCGGUGAGCUGCGCAGUUCGUUGGACCGCACAUGUCCAAAUUGCCCACAAGUUGACUGUCUGCCGUUUGCUGUUGUGCUUACGAGCAGCGAUUCACUUUUAUGUUCGGAUUGUAGGCUUCCUGCGGCCAAUCCCUUCGCAGUGAAGUGCCCCCAGUGCGAUGGUAUUCUCUCAGCUGGUGCGUUGGGUCAGGAAAUGAAAUUAGCAGGGACAACAAUUGAUAGCACAUCUGUGGCGUUGCGAUGCUCUGACUGUGGGUUUAUUGCCAGUGGGAAUGUGUCACAAAACUGUGCGGAGUGCGGUAAGGCGAUGCAGGACGCCAAGUUGUUACAGAUUUCCGCACGCCAAUGCGAGGGGUGUAAUAAGGAAGUGGGUCCGCUGCACAUUGGGGCCGUCUGUAUUCACUGCGCCAUGUUUCUGCCACCUGUCGCAAAAGAGGGAUGGAGUGCCGCCGUGGUGCAUGAAACAUUUAGGGUGCUUCUUCAAUUAUCGGAUCGCAGUGUGGAAUUUGAUGGCAUGGUAAAGCUGCUCGAGAAACUAAUACACUGCUUCCACACACAAGUGGAGCUCACAGUCGUUGAAGAAACCCGUGUUGUGGUGGCAAUGGCGUCCAGCCGCCUGCAGAUUAAUCUGCGCAGGUUUAUGGCGCAUGACGCAACUGCGCGUCGUGCGAUUGCGCUAACAAAACACCUUUUGGAAUAUAUCGACACCAAAUGUUGUAUUGUUGGUGUAUCGCACUUCUCUGCUGGGCAGUGUCGCCACUGUCUCGGGAGCCAUCAAGAGGAACUCUGCGCAUACCAACACGAUUCAUGGUUGUGCGAGGAGUGCGGUGCCGAUAAUAACAACGCGGAUGUGUGCCGCUAUGUCUGCCGCAACUGCCUCGCCCUUCGCCCCUGCGUGCGGGAGGCGUGCCCAACGGAGGCGUGGGAGUGUCUUCAGUGCCAGAGGGUCAAUGUGGCGUUCGAAGCGUACUGUAUCUUCUGUGGUGCUCAGCGUGCGGCGGUGGAGAGCGCGGUGGAGGAAGCGGCUGAGGCGUCCCCGUUUCUCCCAGCAAAGUGCGCUUCGUGUGGCCUUGUGUAUUUAGAGGCGCGGUGCCCGCUCUGCCAUAAUAACGUGCCGGAGUCGAUGAACAAGGUGUCGGGCGUCGUGUGCCUUGUGACGAGUCGCUACGCAUUUAUUCAGCCAGAGGGCACGGAGCACCCUAGUCAGCGGGUAUACGUUGGCGAGCCGUGGUUACGGAAGCGGCGUUGGGCCAAAGGGGAUAAUGUCAUAUUCACUGCACAGCUCAACAAGCAAGGUGGUUUUCGCGUGACAGCAGUGCACCAGUAG